UUCAGGCACCGGGUGUCUCGACUCUCGACAGGGGAGCGCAGGUCGAGGCGUGGAGGCACGUCCGGGCCGCCGUGUUCUUCUGCCAGCUCUGUCCACGUCGGGCUCGUCGUGUACUCGUCGUGGGGCUCCGGCUGGACGGGGUGGCGCCGCCGUUGUGCAAGCACUGACAGCGGGACGAAUCGCCCCGCAGAUCCACACCACAGGUUCCCCCAAAUCCGGCAGAAUUCAUCCAUGGCGCGCGCCGAAUGACCCGGAGCUCUCUCUCACGCGCUGACCUCUCAUGGCCGGAUGCCUAAUUAUAGGCGAUUCUAAACGCGUUGCUUUCCUUUCCCGGCUCCCCGCCCCCUUCUCCGUCCGUUCCCCCAAAGCAUUCUCUCGAUCUGCUCCAUUAGCCAGCGCCGGCGAAACUACUUCCGGCCCGGUCGUCAGUUGGUAGUGGAGGGCCUCUUCCUCCUCCCUGAUCCUACCCCCACUUCCUCUGAACCGGCGUGGCGCGACCCGACCCGAUCCCUUUUGCUGGAGGAGGGUCCUGACUCAGUUGACUGACAUGCAUUUAUAGGUGUUUGAUCACUGGGUGAAAUGGACCCUCCAGCUGCUGAUCCUGGAUCAGCCAAGGCUGAAGGUACUGGAGCGCAGGGCGAAAUGGAUCUUCCGGUCGCUGAUCCUGGCCCGGUGAAGGAUGAAGGUCUGCUCCAGUGCCCCUAUUGUGAUUCAGAGGCGAUGCACAAACUCGCGCAGUUCUUGCUCCCUGGCUUGGCUGCGGUUUGCGUCGACGGCACGACGGGCGAUCUGUUCAGAAAGCCGUCCGUUGUCGCUGUUGACCUCAGGAAGGAGAUGGUGGACUACAUGACACAGAGAAGCGAAACAUUCAUAGCCGAUGCCCUCAUUGAAUCCGAGGCGAGUCAAGGCGCUGAUAGUGAAAUGCCAGAGGACCCUUACGAGAUUAUAUCAAUCUUCAUGGACGAUUUCAGUAGCUCCAAAAGGAACAUCAUUGGCCAUGUCUCUGGGUGGUUGUUGAGUGACAGCCGUGACGAUAAGAUUGAUGAUUUUGUCCAAGAAAUGGAGAUGACCAAGUUCUGGCCACUAGAAAGGAGAGAAGUUAUCGCCGAGGUCCUCCUCAAGAAUGUAGACUUGAAAACCAAGUUCCACUGCCCUGAGAAGUAUGAAAAUGAAGAACGCCUUGCCAAUCACAAGGCACAAUGCAGCUUCAGGCCUGUCACUUGCCCAAAUGACGGAUGCAGAGCAACAGUUUCUGUCCGUUGCAUGCAGGAUCAUGAUUCAGCUUGCCUCUUCAAGAUCCUUCAGUGUGAACAGCACUGCGAGAAACAUCUUCUCAGGCGUGAUAUGGAUAGGCACUGCGUCACUGUCUGCGACAUGAGGCCCAUGAAGUGCCCAUUUGGCUGUGAUUCCUCGUUCCCUGAACGUAAUCUUCAGGAACACUGUUCAGAGUUUCUCCAGCUACACCUGCUCAAGGUCCUGCAGGGGAUUCACAAGAAAGGUUUUACAGAUGAUGAGUUGAAGGACCGUGCUAUACAGCUGGAGAAGUCUGACGAUCAUGGUAAACUAGCUAAAGCUCAGGAUGCAAGAUCUCUUACUAAUAUUGUUAAGGAUCUCGAAGUGAAGAUGAAACCAUCAAGUUAACCUGAAGGCUUUUAUUCAGCUAUAAAAGUGCAAGCUGUACACGGGCAUGACUUUAAUUUCAGAGUUGAUUCCACACACAGUAUACACAGAAGAAAUAUAAAGUGCUGCGUUGUUUUAAAGUGCUGCGUUGUUUUCUUUCAGAAGUUCUCUCUGAAUCUUUUGGUAACAAUCAUAUUCAGUUUCUUUCUUGUUCUUUUUUGGGUAGGAAAAUCAGUUAAGUUUUUUGAGCUUUAAAUUUUGCAUUUAUUCAUGUAUCCUUGUUUGUUUCUAUGAAACGAAAGCUACAUGAGAUGAUAAUGUAAUUUCUUUGAGGAGCAAUUCUAUGUUCGGUUAAAUGAUA